AUGCAUUCCCUGCGAAUGGCACUGCCGCGGUUCGUUCGCGUAAUGCCAAACUGCAACUCGGUCCGGACACAAUUGGUCGUAAGUUUCGCUAACCGUUCCUGUGCGUUCCAACAACGAUACGAUACAGUGACACCCGUCCGGACACUGUUCUCGACAACAACACGUGCCGCUAGUGUUCCGGAUUCUGCGAAAUCCGCCAAAGAAGAUAAUUUGGCCGACAGAGUAUACUACGGAAGUCUCACACCACAAAUACGUGCCGUGAAGGUGUUUUCACUGGCCACCAGCAUAGGCGGUAUCGUUGCGCAACCAAUUCUACUCGAGCAAGCUAGCAAAGUAGGCGGCAUGCCAAUGAUAGUGGCCGUUUGUGGAUUUGCCGGAUUUUUCACCUUCGUCACACCGAUACUGUUGCAUUUGGUCACUAAGCGAUACAUUACAGACCUACACUAUGAUCCUACGAAUCAACAAUACACGGCCACCACGAUUACGUUUUUCCUACAGCGGGAAAAGACACAAUUUAAGGUGGAGGAUGUUACCGUACCGGAAGUGGGUGGAUUAUUUACGACAUUUUUAGUGAAAAACAAAGCCUUUUUUGUCGACCCGCAACUAUUUCCUGACCCCACGCACUACAUCAAAAUAAUGGGAUACGACAAACCGAUCGAUUUUAAGUUUGAAGAGGCCCGGGAACCCAGUGAUGGUGAAAAUAAGACAAAAAAAGAUCGAUAA